AUGGCAGGAGCCUUGCCUCGCAGAGAGCUUGAUCUCAUUGGCAAAGUCGCAGUAAUCAGCGGUGCAUCACGCGGCAUUGGUCGCGCUAUCGCCUUCAACCUGGCUUCACGAGGAUGCUCUAUCCUUGGUACCUGCGUCAGUGAAAAAGGCGUCGAAGCCUUAUCAACAGGCUUGAACGAUGAGGUCACCGACCGUGUUUACAAAGCGACAUCUAGAGAGCGUCCAUCAGGUCAACAAAUCAAAGGAAUCCUAGCUGAUGUCUUCUCCCCCGACUGCGCCAAAGCAAUUGCCGAGGCUAUCCAGGAGUCAUUCAAGGGUCAAGUCGACAUCCUUGUGAACUCAGCUGGUGACCCGAUGCCUGGAGUUAUCGGCCAAAUGACUACAGAAGAGAUCCAACGAAGUCUUCUAGGCAACGUCCAAGCCCCAGUGCAAAUCGUCGAAGAACUUGUGCGCCGAAAGUUCUUCCAGCCUAACAGCCGUAUAAUCUACAUAUCAUCAGUGCGAUCGCGCCUCCCAUGGGCCGACCAACUCAUGUACGCCGCUGGAAAAUCGGCCGGCGAGUCGCUGUGCCGAACAUGGUCACAGGCUUUUGGUGGAAAGGAUGAGCGAUACGCUUUCAUGGCAGGGACUACUGCGAAUGCUGUUACAGCUGGUUUGACGGAAACCGACGCUGUUAUGGAUUGCGGAACCGAGGUGGUCAAGACCUUUCAGGAUGAAUUCUUUCCCUUGCAGAGUAUACCCAAGUUCGGACAGCCCGAGGACGUGGCUGAUGUUGUUGGGAUGCUCUGUGGCAAUGAUGGAAGGUGGAUUACAGGAUCUGUUAUUAGUGCGAGUGGUGGCUGCAUCAAGAUGCAAUAA